CUUACAAUAAUAUUUUGAUACAAGUUAUUGGCAAUAGUUCGGCUCAUACCUGCAAUCUCAAGGAAGUUCAAGUUAAGUUAACCCAUUGUAAGGAACAGUUAGCAAAGUGCUUUACUAAACUGAAUUGUCGCGUUAGGAUUCCACCGGAUAGCUUAUCGCUACUUCGCCAAUCAGACUUAGCUGACUCUGAGUCAGAAGAAGAGUUUAGUGACGUCAAGUCAGACGCUUCGCUCGAAGGCAAGGCACGUGGAGCAAUUCCAACAGAAGUCAAUUCAGUCCGACAAAUUAAAGAUGCGUUGAGAAACAGAAUAAAGCUAGACAACUCGAAAGUUGUAGCUGUGAAAAUUGCAUCUUUACAUGUCACAAAUAACAAUUAUACGGAAUUUGCUAAGCGUGUCGAGGAGCUUUCGGAUGCAUUAGAGCGUUCUUUGAUCAUUGAAGGUAUGACACAAUCCAAGGCCCAUGAAAUGGCAGUCGAGCAAAUAGUUAACUCAACUACCUUCAGUAAUUCAAAAGACGUAGUGGCAAAAAUGAUAGUCGAACAAAAUAAUCAAGUUAAAGAGCGUCAAGUGUACAAUAAUAACGGUAAUAACAGUGGGUACAACAAUUACGGUUCAAGGUGUAACGGUAACAAUUUCAACAAUAAUAUUAAUCGUUCAUCAAACAACAAUAAUCGAAAUAAUAACAGCAAUAAUAAUAGUAGUAGACGUCCAAAUUCACGCAAUAAUGCUAAUGUGCGCGCUUUAAACGCCCACGCCCCUCAGGAGCUCACACUGAGGACGAAAGAAUUGGACAAUUAG